UGUCGUAGCCUCUGCCUCGUAUUGUCGAGUGGUGCAGAAAUGUGAACGAGUUCAGAAAGAACCCCAACGCCAAGAGAUAGACGGUAAAGAGAGAGAGAAAUCUGCCAUUUACUGCAACAUUUAGAUGGAUGUGAAAGAGGAGACGUGUGAGGCUGACAUAAAUAUCAUGGAGGAGAGGACCAUAAAUAUUAAGAUGGAGGACAGUGAAUGGGAGAGUGUCCAUCCUAAACAUGAGAGUCUGGACAUUAAGGAAGAGGACUGUGAACUGGGGUCAGUGAGUAUUAAACAGGAGGAUGAAGGGAAGAGUGUCAGCACUGAGAGUGUCAAGGAAGAUGACCUUCAUUAUGAACAUCAAGAUGGAGCAGUGACUGGGUUAGUCUCUUCUCAUAGCAGACACUCUUCAUCUCCGGCGUCUUCUAUCAAUUUAAAACAUGAAUCAUUACAGUCUGACACAAAGAUGACUGAAGGAGUUUCAUCUCCUAAAAUUCAGGAAUGUCAGCUACCACCUAAAAUGUCAUCUAAAGCAAGAAUCAAGCUUCACUGCUGUUCUGAAUGUGGCAAACAGUUUUCAAAAAGACUUAAUCUUCAGAGCCACCAAAGAAUUCACACAAAGGAGAAGCCAUAUUCCUGUUCUGAAUGUGGCAAAAAGUUUUUACGGAGAAGCAAACUUCAGAACCACAGACGAAUUCACACAGGAGACAAGCCAUAUUCCUGUUCCGAAUGUAGUAAACAAUUCUCUUGCCGUAGUAAUCUUCAGACACACAUUAAAACUCACACAGGAGAGAGGCUGUAUUUCUGUUCUGAAUGUGGCAAACAGUUUUCACAGAGAAGUCAUCUUCAAUGCCACCAAAAAAUUCACACAGGUGAGAAGCCAUAUUCCUGUUCUGAAUGUGGCAAAAAGUUUUUACGGAGAAGCAAACUUCAGAACCACAGACAAAUUCACACAGGGGAGAAGCCAUAUCCCUGUUCUGAAUGUGGUAAACAAUUCUCUCUCAGUAGUUAUCUUCAGAAACACAUUAAAACUCACACAGGCGAGAGGCCGUAUUGCUGUUCUGAAUGUGGCAAAAAAUUUUCACAGAGAAGCCAUCUUCAAUGCCACCAAAGAAUUCACACAGGGGACAAGCCAUAUUCCUGUUCUGAAUGUGGUAAACAAUUCUCGCACAGUAUUAAUCUUCUGAGACACAUUAAAACUCACUCAGGAGAGAAACCAUUUUGCUGCUCUGACUGUGGCAAAAAUUUUUCACAGAGAAGUUAUCUUCAGCGCCACCAAAAAAUUCACACAGGAGAGAAGCCAUAUUGCUGUUCAGAAUGUAGUAAAAAGUACUCUGAUAGAAGCCAACUUCAGCACCACAAAAAAAUUCACACAGGAGAGAAGCCAUAUUGUUGUUAUGAAUGUAGUAAACAAUUUUCAUACAAUAAUAUUCUUCUGAUGCAUAUUAAAACUCACUCAGGAGAGAAACCAUAUUGCUGUUCUGAAUGUGGCAAACAGUUUUCACGUAGAAACAAUCUUGAGUGCCACAAGAGAAUACACACAGGUGAGAAGCCGUAUUGCUGUUCUGAAUGUGGUAAACAAUUCUCGCAUAGCAUUACUCUUCUGAGACACAUUAAAACUCACUCAGGAGAGAAGCCAUAUUUCUGCUCUGAAUGUGACAAAAAGUUUUCACAGAGAAGUCACCUUCAGCGUCACCAAAAAAUUCACACACGGGAGAAACCAUAUCCCUGUGCUGAAUGUGGUAAACAAUUCUCUCUCAGUAGUUAUCAUCAGAAACACAUUAAAAUACACAGGAGAGAGGCCGUAUUGCUGUUCUGAAUGUGACAGAAAAUUUUCACAGAGAAGUCACCUUCAGC